CUCCUUCUCUGUGAUCAUCGAAAUUUUGAUUUGACACAAUGGGCAAGACGAGUAGCGCUGAAAACUUCGAGAUUCCUGCAGAAUGCAUCGCGGGCGUCGUCAAGAACGAGGGGCCGAACUUCGAGGUGGAGGUGAAGAUGGUUCCUGUGCCCAAGAUUGGUCCUGAGGAUGUCCUCAUCAAGAUGAACGCCACGGGUCUCUGCAUGUCGGACGUCCAUUUUAUGAUGAGCGACUGGGGAAUGUCCCAGAUGUCCACCUUCGGCACCAUCUGUGCCGGUCAUGAGGGCUCAGGAGUGAUCGUCAAGGUGGGCGACCGGGUCAGAAACCUUAAGAUCGGCCAGCGGGCGGGCAUCAAACCCUUGCUUGACGUGUGCGGUAUCUGUGAACAGUGCAGACACGGCCGGGAUAAUUACUGCCAAAAGGGCGUUUUCACUGGCCUGCACGCCGAUGGUUCCUACAAGCAAUACGUCAAGUCACCUGAACGGUACACGACUGUCAUUCCAGAAGGUCUGGAUGACUACGUUGCAGGGCCGGUGAUGUGCUCUGGCUCGACAAUGUACACGGCUCUGAAAGCCUCUGGUAUCCAACCAGGCCAGUGGGCUUGUUUCCCAGGCGGAGGUGGAGGUAAGCUUUUGUAGACUUUAAGGAAGUUUCGGAUCCGGCCGCCAAGGUACUGGAUAUCACCGGUGGUGGUGCACAUGUAGUCUUCGUAACGGCUAUUCAAGCCUAUCCUAAUUGUAUGGAUUACAUCGGGGCGAGACCUGGUGCGACAAUCAUGUGCAUUGGCCUCCCACCUGAAGGCGAGUUCCACUUCAACAUCGACCCUAAGCGCGUUGCAUUCCUGAAUCAAGGCGUCCGGGGCACUAUUAUCAGUCCUCUGGGUGACAUUGACGAAGCGCUUGACUUUGCAAAACGAGGGAAACUUCGCCUCAAGCCUACAGUCGUGGGCGUUUCCAAGUGGAACGAAGCCGUCCAGAAGCUGAGGGCCGGUCAAGUCGCAGGACGCAUCGUGGUCGAUUUCAAUCUGCCAUGAACCUUCUGUGGGAGGAUCUAAGGUGCUGCCAGUGUUAGGACGCUGAUUAUCGUCAUUUUCCCAUGUGCUCACUGGGUCCUUUUCAAACUUUCGAUCAUUGCAUUUCAUUUAAGCGAGUCACUGCCGGCAACUUCGGAUCUUUCUUGUCGUAUCAUUGGGAGAGGAGUUCCAAGUGACCCGUCUAUCAUCAAGUCGAAAUGGCGAGUGUUGGAGGGUGGAUCUUCAUCCCCUUAUAUGCGCCCCACUCAUUUGGCGGUGAGCUUUUGUCUUUAGAAGUCAUCAUGCUCUUUAAUUCAUACUCGAUGGCAGUCGU